AUGAAGGCUGUGGAUGACCAAGAAAUACCAUGCAAGACAAAUGGAGAAGCCAGCCCCAAUCUUGGAAUAGCAAAACUUCAGGGCAGGAUUAAAUAUGCUGAAAUAUUUGCAAAUUAUGCUGCAAGCAGCUGCAAAGAAAUUCGUGACAAGUAUAAGGUUUAUGAUGAUGGCCUGUACUACCUGAUCUCCUCAAAAGGAGUCCUUUACCAGACAUACUGUGACAUGACCACUGCAGGCGGCGGCUGGACGCUGGUGGCCAGUGUUCAUGAAAACAACAUGUACGGAAAGUGUACAGUUGGUGACCGCUGGUCUAGCGAGCAGGGCAAUGACCCAAACAGGCCUAAUGGUGAAGGGACAUGGGCUAAUACAGUCACAUUUGGAAGUGUGGAGGCUUCUACAAGUGACGAUUAUAAGAAUCCUGGAUACUUCGAUAUUGCGGCUCAGGAUGUAUCUGUGUGGCACGUUCCUAAUAACAGUGAGUUGGAAAAUUGGGCCACUGCUUCCUUCCUGAGAUACCACACUGAAAAUCGCUUCCUUACACAACAUGGAGGAAACCUUUUCAGUUUAUUCAAGAAAUACCCUCUGAAGUAUGGAUUAGGGUCAUGCAACAUCGAUAACGGACCUGCUGUCCCAAUCGUGUAUGAUACUGGAAAUACAGAGUCUACCAAAUUACUGUAUGGUCCCAAUACAAGAACAAACUUUGCACCUGGAUACAUCACAUUCAGAGUCUUCAAUACUGAAAAAGCAGCCUUGGCUCUUUGCUCAGGUGUUAAACCGACUGGCUGUAACUCUGAACAUAUUUGUAUUGGCGGUGGUGGAUAUUUUCCUGAGGCAUCCCCUAGACAGUGUGGGGACUUUGCGGGUUUUGACUGGGAUGGUUAUGGCACUAAUGCAGGAUGGAGUGCAUCCAAAAAGAUAACUGAAGCAGCUGUACUUCUCUUUUAUCGCUGA